AUGGGCCAGUCCCGGCUCUGGCUGCAGAGGUCGCUGCUGCUGCUGGUGGCCGCGCUGCUCGGCUGCCUGACGCCCGCCAAGCCAGAGGACGGCGCGACCACGAGAAAGGCUAGAGCGGAGGCGGCGCUGCAGGUGGUGCACGACGUGGCGACGGAGAACCUGGGCGCGCUGUGCGUCACCGAGCCCUACCGCUCGCUGCCUGCCGGGCUCGACACCAGCCGCUACGAGGGCGCUCGCCAGAAGGCCGACAUGGCCGCCUCCAUGCUGCAGGACCUGGGCCUCACACACCACGCAAGCCUGCUGGACGCGCUGGUGCGCAGCCUGGUGAUGUCGGACCGGCACGUGGUGACAGCGUGGUUGCUGUUGCAUGGACGACGCCUGAGGCUUGGUGCUGGUGGUGUCAUAGUGAUUGUUUGCCUGCUGGACGCGCUGGUGCGCAGCCUGGUGAUGUCGGACCGGCACGUGGUGGCGGCGCGGCUGCUGUCGCUGGAUGACUCCUCCGGCUCGGUGCUGGCGGUGUCAGCGUGGCAGCGCGCCCGCGGCCCGGCGCCCGCGCUGGCGGGCCCGACUCGCGACGACGCCGCCCCCGUGGCUGGACGGCGCCCCGACGCGCACCUGCCCUGGUUCGAGGACGCCGCCUCCAGCCCUGCACUCCGCUCGCCCAAGUUCGUGCCGUCGCCCGUGAACGCCUCGUACCGCGGCUGGUGGACCUACCCCUACUACUCGUGCCACGUGCGCCUCUGGCUCGUCUCCUACAGCAUCGCCAUUCAGCCCUCGUCGCACCGGGGGACGAAGGGCUACCUGUCGCUUGACGUGAACGUGACGCCGUUGGAGGUGAACCAGUGCGAGGCAAGCAGCGAGCCACCCCCGCGAUCCGAGCUGCGGGCAUUCCACAGUACGCAUAAGUGCCACAAUGACACCACGCAGUGCGAGCUCCGGCCGAGCCCUGGCUGGGUGCGUGGCGGCUACGUUUGCCGCUGUCGGCAGGGCUUCUACUCGCCGCACCACGGCGGCGUCUUCAACGGCACGCUGGUGGAAGCGGCGUGGCAGGAGCGCGAGCAGAACGUGAGCUCGCUGUACGACGAGCUGUUCCGGUGCUUCCGCUGCGCGCCCGGCUGCGCCACCUGCCACGACCCUUCGCCCUGCCUCGCGCCCUACAACUGGCCCUUCAGGCUGACGCUGCUGUCGUUUUCGGUGCUGUGCGCACUGUGCACCCUGGGCCUGGUCUGUUACGUCUACCAGCACAGAAGGCUCAAGGUGUUCAAGGUGGCGAGCCCCAUUUUCCUGGGCAUCACGCUACUCGGAUGUUCCAUUAUGUAUCUCGAGAUGGCCGCCAUUUUUCCCGUGCUGGAUAUGUACUCCUGCAUCGCUACGAAAUGGAGUCGGCACCUUGGUUUCUGCAUAACGUACACGGCUCUCCUGAUGAAGACGUGGAGGGUAUCGCUAACAUACAGGGUAAAGUCAGCACAUAAGGUGAAGCUGACAGACAAACAAUUGCUCCAGUGGAUGUUUCCCAUUCUGCUAGUUAUGCUCAUCUACUUGGGAACAUGGACUCUGAGUGCUCCACCUACAGCAGAAGAAAUACAUGAUAGCAUAGGCCUUAGGUUUAAGCAAUGCUCCUACAACUGGUGGGAUCACAGUCUAGCUAUAGGUGAAGUACUUUUCCUGGCAUGGGGUAUAAGAGUCUGCUAUAAUGUUCGCAAUGCGGAAUCACUGUACAAUGAGGCCCGACUCAUCAGCUAUGCCAUUUACAAUAUUGCAAUUGUGAACAUUACUAUGAUUGCAUUCCACUUGUUCAUCUUUCCUCAUGCUGGCCCUGACAUCAAGUAUCUGCUAGGUUUCAUCCGAACUCAGCUGAGUACAUCUGUCACAGUGGGGCUUGUAUUUGGUCCUAAGAUUGUGCGUGUGCUGCGUGGUCAAGGUGAUCAAUGGGACAACCGUGCACGUGCACGGGGAGUAACAGCAUCUUUCUCUCUUAAUGGUAUUGGAUUGAUGCCGGAAGAGACUCCAGAUCUGUACCAAGAAAAUGAGGAACUGAAGGAAGAGAUUCAGAAGCUGGCUGCUCAGAUUGAAUUUAUGAAGAUCGUUCAUAUGGAGAUGAACAACAGGCACUUAAAGCCUAAACCUGGUGGCUACUUCAAUGCUGCCAAUACAGCAGUGACUUUGCAGAGUCCAUUGGGAAAAACAUCUGGAUUUGUUGUGGGCAAGAGCUCUGGAGCUGAGGAAAGCUGCAUUGUCUCAGCUACUGAUGGUGCUAGUGAACGUGUCUGACUAGUAGUCAAUAGUGAAGAAGUGUGGUUGUGACAGGAAACCAUUUAUGGACAUAUUCUCUUGCUACCCAUUUCAUCUUUGCUGUGGAAAUCCCUUGUUUGCAAAUGUGGCUGUGGAAUGUUUUCUGACCUUCAUUCUGCUGCAUCCCCUGCUGUGAAGUAUAGCAU